AUGGAUGAGGGGAAGGACCAAUCUCAUGGGACGUUCUACCAGACCUCUGAACCUCAUCAAUGGAAGUCCCAAGCUCCAGAAAUCACUGGAACUUGGAACUUGAGAAACAGAGAACAGCUCAGGAAGAGGAGAGCUGAAGCACAGGAAAAGCAGUCACAAUGGCUCGUCGGAGAACAGAAAAAACGCAAGUGCCAAAGAACAAGAAAAAGAAAUGAAAGAGGCCAAAAGAGGCAAAGAAACGCAGAGCCAAAGGCGAAGCCUUCGCCACAAAGAGAAAAGGAAAGGGUGCAGGAAAUACCGGUACCUGCCGAAGCUGAAGAAAAAAGCGAGCACCCUGAAGCCCCUGUAACUGAAGCCCUCCCCUUGGCACUCUCCACAAAAGCUGUGCUUGCAGAACACUGUUCUCCAGUACACCAAGAAAGCUUUCAGUGCCAGGAAGUAGCAACACAGGACCAUUCUCAAACAUACCAAUGUGGGGCCAAACCUGAAGACCUCUCUCCUACCACGUGCCAAAACAGAGCAGUGCUUCAAUAUUCUCCUAGAAUGUGCCAAGACAUGGCUGGACCUGAGGCAAUGCUGCCUAAAAUGUGCCAGCAAACAGCUGUGCCUGAAAGCCAUUCUUCCAUAGUACUCCAAGAUAUGGCUGGACCUGAGGUAAUCCUGCCUAAAAUGUGCCAGCAAACAGCUGUGUCCCCAAACCCCAAAGUACCCCAAGAUAUGGCUGGACCUCAGGUACUCUCUGCUCAGAUAUGCCAGCAAACAGCUGUGCCCGAAAGCCAUUCUUCCAAAGAACCUCAAGAUAUAGGUGGACAUGAGGCGCUCACUCUUAAAAUGUGCCAGGAACCAACUGUGCUUCAAGAACAUUCUUUGAAAAUGUGCCAAGAUGUAGCCAUACCUGAAGUCCUCUUCCCUAAAACACACCAAGAGAUGGCUGUUCCCAACGCCCUUCCCUGGACAACACCUGGAGAUGCUGCUGGCCCAGAAGAAUGCUCACCCAAAGCACUCCCCCAAUCAGGUGUGCCUGAAGGCUGUCCUCUUGACACUUGCCCCAAGUCAGUGAGACCAGAAAAAACCGCUUCCCACCCAGAUCAGGGAAUGGCUGCGACUGAAGACUUCUUGUCUGAGACCAAUGAAUGCAUUGUGUCUGAAGACUUUUCUACGAAAACACACCAAGAAGCAGCCGAACCCAAAUUCACUUCUCAUGAUACCCAUAAAGAACUCAGUGCGCCUACAGUCUCUCCUAAAACAACACCUGGACCUGAAGAAUGUUUACCUGAAACAUGUGAACCACAUGGGCUUGAGAACUAUUCAGCCGAAACUUACCAGGAAGUAUCCGGGCCUGAAGACCUCUCUAGCAAGACCUGUAAGAACAGGGAUGAACGAGUCCAGAAAGCAGAUGGGGCCCAAGGACAGAACCCUGCUGCCCACCAGGGCAGCGAGGAUGUCCGUACUUUCUCUCAGGAAAUGAAGGAAAAGGCCAAAGCAGAUCAAGAUCCAGGAACUCCAGCAAGUCCACAGGGUCCUCAAGAGAUCUGUCCAGAAAAUGACAUCUAUAGCUAUGCUCUGUUUUAA